AUGGCCCUGGCAGAUAUCGAGAAGUCAUCUGCUGCAGAGGCCAUUGGCGAAGGCCGUCUCAGCCGGUGUAGCAACAAGAAUGAAGAGUCUAGCCAUGAGACUCGGGACUGGACUGAUAAAGAGGAGAAAAAAAUCAAGAUCAAACUUGACCUUGUCUUGCUCGGAAACCUAAUGUUGGGCUUUUUCGCCUUGCAGUUGGACAAGACCAACAUAAGCAGCGCUAUAAUCACCACCUUCGUCAAAGACAUCGGUAUCACAAACAAUAUCGUCAACAACGGUAACCAGCUCUUGCUUGCAGCUAUCGUUAUUUUCGAGAUCCCUUCCAAUAUGAUGCUCGCCAAGUUCGGUGCCCCUACGUGGUUAACCUUUCAAUGCUUCUCAUGGGGGUUAGUCGCCACCUUCCAGGCUUUCAUCAACAACAAGGCAUCUUUCUACGCAACUCGUUUCCUACUGGGGUUGUUAGAAGCUGGUUAUCUAGCAGGGGCACUUGUUGUGAUUGGAAUGUUCUACACCAAACAAGAGAUCGCCCUCCGCAUGACUGUCCUCUAUACUGCGAAUUAUGUUGCCACUGGCACAAGCUCCUUGAUCGCAGCCGGAAUGUUCAAUUUGGAUGGCGCUUCUGGACUUGAAGACUGGCAGUCGUCUAUUCAGUGGCUGUUUCUUAUCGACGGUAUAUUUACGGUCUUUGUUUCCUUUUCAUUCCUGUUCCUUCUGCCACGAGCACCAUCAUGGACUCGUCCACUCUUAAACAUCCCCGCUCUCGAUGUAUUCAACGACCGAGAACGUGACAUUAUGUCACGUCGAAUAAGGCUCGAAGACGGAACUCGAGGCGAGGAGCUUAGCUCCUUCUCUACAAUGGAAGCCAUCCGAUAUCUAUAUAAGAACUAUUACAUCUGGAUCCACGCCCUCGUUGCCUUUAUCUCCCUGGUUCCAAAAGGAGGCUUACUGCUUUAUGGGCCCACAAUCGUCAAAAAUCUCGGAUUUGACAAGUUCAAAGCCAAUAUACUUGUAUCGGUCUGCAAUUAUGCCCUCGUGGUUCUAGCACUCAUUGCAGCCUGGAUCUCAGAUAGAGUCAAACUUCGUGGCCCUAUCUGCUUUAUCUGUACAGCCUACGCCCUGAUAAUGGCGGGCGUACAGUACUCUCUUGUCCUCAAGACUGACAAGUGGGCCAAAUACGCUGUCUUUGUACUUUUCAUGGCUGGCAACGCGACAUUCCAGGGUAUCAACAGUGCUUGGUUAUCGUCCAACGUGCGAGACACCAAAGCACUUUGCGUCGGUCAGGCACUUGUCGUCAUGGGUGCAAACCUUGGUGGUUUGGCUGGACAGCAGCUUUUCCGUGACGAGGACGCUCCCAAGUACACAAAUGGCUUCUUGGCUAUCAUGUGUUUUUAUGCUGCAACAUUAGUCCUGGUGGUGCUUGCGACAGGCGUGUACUGGAACAAAAACCGCAAAUUAGUGAGAACCUCGUCUGCAGACACUAGCCGCGAGAGUAACUUCGGUGAGGGGAGAUUCCAGAUCUAA